AUGGCUUCCACCGCAUCUGUCAGUCGACGCAAGUCGAAUGGAGGCAAGGGCGGUCUCGUUAUCACCCUCACUGUCGAUGCCGACAAGCUGAAGCGGACCCUUGACCCCAGCUCCGUCAAGGAAGACUCGCCAGUCAAAAUGGACAUUGAAGAGUCGAAUGGAAACAAGGAGACACAAGAAGCGCAAGACUCACCUGCCACGUCAACGACCUUGCCAGCUCCCGCUGUCACGAACGGCGAAACCGCGUCCGAUUCAAAUCCUGGCACGCCUGCUGGCGAUGGAACUCCAGCACCCACAUCCAUGGGUCCUCCUACAGAGGGAGUAAAGAAGAAGGGUACUAAGCGUGGCGCUGGUGCUGCCAAUGGCCUCGGGCCUGACGGACAACCCAAGGUCCGCGGCAAGCCUGGCCCCAAGAAGAAGGCAAGACUUGAGGAUGGUACCAUCGACCCGAAUGCCCGCGGUGGUGCCGGUGGACACAAACUGGGUCCUAAGGCCAAUCAAGGUGCCAUCAACGCCGGUCUGAGGGCUCUCGACAGAAGCGGCAAGCCCUGUCGCAAGUGGGCGAGGGGUGGCUUCGUCCUCAAGAGCUUCACAGGUAUUGUGUGGGAGGUUCCUCGAUGGACGGCACCGCCCAAGUUUGUGCCGGAGUCCACCACCGACGACUCUGCCGCUGCUUCGGCCGACAGCAGCACCAAAGAGAACAAGGAAAAUGACCAGAUCAAGAGCGACGCCAACAGUGCCGCCAACAGCGGCGCCGAUGUCGAGAUGCGGAGCGCGCCCGGCAGCGUUCCGGCUAGCUCGCCGGCCCCUAUGGCCAUCUCUGCCGCUUCGUAA